GGGGAAGAUUUGUUUUGGUAACGGAACACCGGCAGUGGUGGGAAACUCGAUUGGAUCUUUCGAAACAAUUUAUUUGCUCACCCUCUUUCCGGAUAGCUAGCUCUCUCAACGAUCGUUACUCCAUAAAAAGGAGAGUGGGACAACCUUCACAACUCUCCUAACUCUUAGUUGCAGGUUCACUUGUCUUUUCUUCUGCCUCACCAGUCUUUCCUUUUAUUCUCGAAAGCAACCCUGAUGGACGAAGAUUCAACCUUGCAAGUGCCACAGGCUCAGUGGCAGAUCCAACAUGCAUUGAACAAUGGAGAAAGGAUGGAUGACGAGCCGGAACGGAUGGAUGAAGAUGAAGGAGGCAGGGAAGAUUCGUUUAAUGAGAGUGGCCGAAGUAGUUCUUCCAGCCCCACAGGUGGUGCUUGGCAUGCCAUCACCAGUUUCUGGGGAGGAGGAUUCCAGCAGCAACCCCAGCAGCAGCAGCGGCCACAACAAGGAAGAAGCAGCCCUCGAAACAAAGGCGAGAAGGUAGAUAUGGGUGACGAUUGUCGUGAAGAAGACAUGACCAUGGAACGGGAGGGCGGUGAUCCCUACGACUCGCGGAUUCACGAACCCUUGAAGCGUGGGCAAGAGGAUGGAGGACGAGCCAACAAGAGACGUCGUUUGGAAGAUGCCAGCGUCGCCUUUUACCAAGCUGUCCCCGGGCUUUCCGAACGCCAACAAGCCAUUGUGGAAUACUCGGCUCCUUCUACCUUUACUCCUUUGUUCUACUUUAUCGGAUACACUCCCUUUGCCGUUACUUGGGUUAUGGUCAUGUACACGGGUCACUUCUUGCAGACGGCGCUCUCAACCUUUGGACCCGAGACUGAAAACUUGCGCUGGAAGGCUUGGAUCUCGCCUCUUGCCCAUCAUUUGAUCGAUACCUAUGUGUGGAAUCAUUCCAUGAUUACAGUCAUGCUCUUGUACCCCGAGUGGUUUGGUUCUACAGCUUACUGGUGUGCCGUAUUUUUUACCAUGUGUCAGCAGUGUUGCUACUUGUGCGUCUCCCUCAAGGCUCAUUUUAUGAGGCACACGCAUGAGUUGAAAACAAGCUGCCACCGCCAAAUUCAGAUACGUUUCAUGGAUUGCUUCUUGCUCUACUUGUUGGCCACCCUCAACUUCAUUCUGGCCCGCCUUCUUGGUUACCCGAUCCUCUUGUACAUUGGUCUGGUCGAGUUCAAUGUGUGUCCAAUUUACAUUGUGUGGGCAUACAAGAAAAGAUUUGAUGCUGCCCUCAAACCAGUAGCAGUAAACCAGCAAUCGGAUGGACAAAAGAACAACGAUGACACCAAGAAGGACGAGGACAACAAGAAGGACAAGUAAAAGGCGACUUUUUAAAGGGACAUGUGGUGGCUCAAAUGCCGGAAUGCACAUGCCCUUGCUUUAUCGGAACUGCAUGUGGCUUCACACGAAUAUAUUAACCUUUCUGUUGAUAAAUUUUAAUUUUCAGCAAAAGGAACGUAUUUGUUGCAAAUAUUACAUUGGAAGUGGUUUGGGCUCGAGGCCCAAGCUUGAUAACGGGACGAGAUAGUCUUGCCCACUAUCACGGCAUCUGACAACCGAAAACUGCCUGCCUCAGCCAGCUGGCAUGCAAGGGUGUAGAUAAGCUGAUCAUCUGCGACACUGACAACAUGAGUUCCCUCCGGGGGCGCCAACACAAAGAAAAGUAAAUAAGGGAUGGCUUUCAAAUCUGCAGCUUGGAAUGAAGCAUUGACACACCGGUAGGCUCACCU